CGGGGGGGGCGCCGCCCGAGCAGCGGGCAAGAGAUGGGCUGGCGGCUUCAAGGAGGCUGGGACCAUGAAACAUUCGCUGGAGCAAGGCCAGCUGUGUCCCAGAGGGAAGCAUCAUGUACAGUAUGACCCGCUGUACACAGUGAAGUGAGAAGGACCCUCCAAAGUCAGAUGUCCACGCUCAAUUUGGUGAUAGAGUGUUCACAGGUAUUCUAAAUUCUCAAAAGUUGAGCUCCUUUUGAAGAGAAAUGGAACAAAAAUGCAAUUUCAUGUACAGCAAGAAGCUACUCAUGGUAGGGUGCCUAGAUCUUCAUCAACUGACAUUGUCUUACAUUCUGACCUUUUGGUUUUCAGUAUAAGUUUAGCACUGGAAAACAGCCAGAAGACAAAUCUGUGCAUCUGCUGCUAGUCUGGUAUGAUCCACAUCUUGAGAAGAACCAUCCAACUAGCUGACAUCAUUAGCAUACGUGAAGGCACCGAUAUUCUGAAGCAUGGCUACUGGACUGAUUCAUUUCCCAGCCUGCAGUUUGUGCUUCAAGGACGAAGAUCCAGUGUCUGCAUAUACUGGUCGAAGAUGGAGAGCUCAGCAGCGCCUGGAGGCUCUUCAGCAGCUUGCUGUAGGUCAGUCUUCUCUUCAGAUACCUCAGAUUGUGUAUGAAGAUCCUGAAGUUGAAGGAAGGAAUCGCUACAAAUAUUUUGCACGACCUGUCAAGUCUUCUAAGCUGCCUCCACCUGGUGUUCUAGAAGCUGUUGCCAGUACAGAGACAAAGCCGAGUGUCCAGUCAGCUGCAAGAGACAGACGGGUCUUUGUCCCCAUGUUCCGAACUCUGGGAACACAGACAGAUUACAGGGAUGGUGAAGCACAGACAGAUCCCUAUUCCCCUGAAUAUAUAGUUCGUAGUGGCUCAGUCCCUGAAAUUCUGACACUGGCUAUACUCACUUGGGGUCGGGGGCUGCCAGCAGGACAAGCUGAGAUGGAGAUUAUUGACCGCAUCCGGGAGAAACGCGCUUGGGAAGCAGCUCUGCCACCCAUGGACAGUCCCUCAAACGUCGCAAAGAGGUUGAAGAUGAUGGAGGCUAUGGAAAGGAAGGAGUGGGCCUAUAGAGAAGAGGAAAUAGAUAAGUUGCAGAAGGUUAAAAUGGAACUCUUUAAGAAGCUGCUGUGGAGGCGAGAGGAGAAUCAAAAUGAGCUGAAUGCCAUGCGCUUGAACAACCACUGGCAAAAUCAUCAGAAGGCUAAAGAAGAGAAAAUAAGAAAGAUUCAGCAUGACUGUGCAUUAAUGCUCAGGAAACUGAUAGCUAAGAGGAAGAAUUGUAUGGGAAAGCUGGAAAGACGAGAUAUCAUCAAAGAGUAUAAUGACUUUUCAUCAGAAACAUACGCUCCUUUGUCUCGAAUUGGUUUUUUCCCAGACAACAAUUCAGACUACUAUGCUGUAAAAACCUUCUAUCUUAACACCUUUGCAGGAUUGUGUGAACUGGAAAAAUCUGUCCAGCAUUCUUUCUCCCAGUUCAAGAUUAAAGCUCCAAAACCUAAAUGCUCUAUCACUAAGACUGGCUAUAUUAAAAGGUCAGGAAGACUAGAUGCAGUCCUGACACAAGUUCACCAGGCACUACUGGAGAAGAAGAAUAAACUCAAGGAGCCAAAGAAGCCUCCCCCUGUCUGUGAAAAAAUAGAAAGCCCUGUUCCUAAGCCACCCACUUUAAUCCUGGAAAAACCAUCAAUUGAGGAAGAGGAAAUAGACCUGGCUGUGAUCUGUCUGCAGAAGUUGCUCCGAGGCAGGGCUCUUCAGAACAUGAUGUUUGAAGGGAAGGAGAAGCACCUGGACCUGAUCCAAGAGCUGCGCACCAGUCACGCGCUCCAGGAGGAUGGACAGCUGCUCUUGAAGGCACAGAAGCAAAUGACACUGUCUUUACAGCGACAGCAUGAGUCACAAAUGCGCCAGCUGUCAGCACUGGAAAGAGACUUGGCCACAGUAGAAGGAAGGUCACUGGCGAACAUGCUUGAUUUUCUGUCCAAAGAGCUGGUGAGGCUGCAAGAAGAACGGAAGAACCACGCUUUGGCCCUGCUGGCUCAGAGGCAGAGGCGGAUGCGGGAAGCAGAGGAGAGCGGACGGCGGCAGCUGGAAGAGAGCCAGCGGCAAGAGGAAGAUGAGCUUUUCAGACAGGUGGUACAUAUUCAGGACAGAACUAUUGAUACCUACUUGGAAGACAUAAUCCUGAGCAGUAUGGAGAGGACAGCUGAAGAGCAGGCCAGGGAAGAGGUUCAGAAAAGGGCUGUAGAAAUCAAUGACAUUGCUUACGAAAUGGAAAGUCGUCGAACUCGCCUACAGUCAGAAGAGAUUGUAGCAGAGCUGGUUUACAAUUUCCUGAUCCCAGAGGCUGAAAAAAACUUCAUGAGAGAAAGAGUGAGACAGUCCCAAAGAAAACACAUCUAUGCUGCUCAUCAGAUCAUCCAUGGGGGCACAGAGAGGGCUCUGGCUGAUCUGGCACCGCGUCAGGAGGCAUCUGCCACUGAGAGAGAGGAAGAUUCUCCUGCUGGGACAGCUGCUGGACCAAGUGCAGCUGACAGCACUCACCCUGCCACAGUUGCACAUGAACUUGGACAAGGAUUCCACAAGGAUCCUACAGCCUCCUAGGACAGAAGAUGAGUGAGUUCCCCUUCUCCUCUGUGAUUUGAGUUAGGAGCAUGGCGAGGGAAAGGGAAGCACAUUAUAUUUACUUUUUCAGGGCACCCUGAAUGGAAAGCCCUCUCUUUUCCUUGGGCUGUCCCUCCUGCUGCCUGCCAGCAGUGCUGUCCUUGAACCAUUCUGUAUACAUUUUGGUGUGGCAGCUCCCUCCACUCCCUCCCUAACUUGCUUUGGACUUCAUUAGCUAAUUUUUCUCUUCUGAUUAUUUAGAGAAGCUUGAGUGAGAAAGCAGUGUUAGCAUUCCUUGUUUGUUUUCCUGGCACAGACCAAUAAAAAUCUGCACCUGGG